AUAGAGAGAAGGAUAGGGAUUGAGAGAGUGGAAAAAAGCAGUCUCUCUUCUUCGGAUCUCUCAAGAGAGAUCAUAUAAAAUAGAGUAAUAAAUUAAUUUACCCUACCCUUUUCUCUUAUGUAUAUAUCCACCAUUCUUCUUUUGUACUAUAUACAGUGAUUUUCUCUUGAGGAGCUUUUUCCUUGCAUUUUUUAGGAAACUAUGAACGAACAUCGAGCAUUUUCUUCUCCAGAAUUAGUACCUGAUAAUUCUUCAAGUCGGCUGGAGGAUCAUAGCUUAGAAGGUAUUGCUGCCAAUGUAAAGUUGCUGCUGAAACUAAUUCAAGAUCAUAAUGAGGCAAGUACAAAAAAUCAAGAUGACCGGAAAACGCAGAGAGUAGCAGGCAUGAUAACUAUUAUAGAUGAUGUUAAAACAAGAAUACAAAAAUCUCAAUCUGUUAGAAGAACUGCUGAGCUUUGGCGAUGCUUCACGGAUUUGAAGCCUAACCAUCCCCCGAAAGAAACAAAGACUAGUGAACUUCCAAACGAUGAAAAAGACAAAUUGAGAAGACAGCUUACAGCGAGCUUGGCAGCUCGAAAGAGCCUAGAAGUUAUGUGUUCAAGCUUAGGAAAGGAGAAGCAGAUUAUGGCCUCGGAGCUGGCAAAAAAGGUUCAUGAAUUGAGUGAAUUGGAGGAACAUGUCAGUGACCUUAAAGCUCAGAAUGACACAUUGCUGGCAAAAGUACAACAAUAUGCAGCUGAGCACAAAGAGAAGAAGAGUAAUGGAGUGGAGAUACAGGGAAAUGCAGCGCUGCAAGAGCGUACUAAGGCACUCUCGGAGCAACUUUUAAAGUCACUUGACGGGUAUAAAUCCUUGAAGAGGAAAUACCAAGAUGCAAAAGAAGAAAACGUAGCAAUGAGAGCAACAAUGGAGGAAAUGGGGUUUGAGGUAGCAGCUGGGGUAGAUCAAGUAAAGGGAUUGAGGCAACGAAUAGCCACUAAGGAAGAACCAGUCAACAUUGAAGCUGAAAUUUCGGCAUUAGAGACUAUGUUUAAGGGUUUCAAUAUGAAGAUUGGAAAGCAUAUAAAAAACAAGAGUGAGAGUAGUAAAUCCAGAGCUCAGGCCAGUGGCAGGAAGCCUUAAUUCUUUUGCUUGCAUGAGAAGAAAGAGUUUUGCUUUUGAUUCUUGAUGGUGAUGGGGAAGCAAAAACUAUAUGCAUUUCAUAAUCAUAUAUAAGAGGAGAAGCAGUCUAAUGUGUCAAAAGUAGAAAUGAUUAGUGGCAUUACAACUUAUUGGAACACUUACAGUUCACUAGCUCUGAUUUCUAGCUAUAGCUUAACACAUACUGUCUUCUAAGGUUGUAUAGUUCCGUUACUUUUUCCUAUCACUUCUGGAAUUAUAUAAAGAUGUAUUUGAUGUUAUU